CCCGGCGAAACUUGGGAAAACCAAGAAAAGCCUAGCUAGCUAGGUUAGGGAACUUGUUUUUGGUUUUGCGUUUUCAGAUCUUCCGAGCCCGCAGCUCAGAGAAGGGAAAAGAGAUGACGGUUCGGAGAACGGUGACGGGUUUUGCCAUUCUUCUGAUGUUUCUCGUGGGGGCUUCGCCGCCAUUUGUCCAUAGCUCUCGUCCCUGCAAGUCAGCAUUUCAACAUUCACAAGCAGUAGCAGAAGAAGAGAUGGUGGCUGCUGACAAUAUGGAGUCUCAGCUGCAGGAAGGGAAUAGGAAGGAAGGUGGCUUGGUGGAUGAGUCAGCAAGAGAAGUGCCGACAGGACCCGACCCGCUGCACCACAACAACAAACCUAGCAGGCCAUGAUAUGAUAUCAUCACCUACCUAGCUAGCUAGCUAGUAUUAGCUUCUGCUCACUCUCACAGUCUGUCACUAACUGCUUAAUUAGCUAGGUUAUUUAAUAUUUAUCUGAAAUUUUAGCUAGGGAGGACUACGUUACUCUGA